AUGUCUCUUCAUUACCAAACUACAACGAGCUCGAAGCAUCUCACACAACACCCACCACAAAUCACUACACCACAUCACAGCUUUGUCACAUCUGCCCUCUUCGACACCACUUACACGCAACAACUCACACAACCCGUCUCCGACAUGGUCUGCCUGACCAGAUAUCUCCUCGGCGCCGCGGGCCUCGCCCUGGCCGCCGCCCAAAACUCCACCGCGCCUCCUCCCGGCGACGGCCCUCGGAACCCGAUGCUGCAGCUGAGCGCCGACCCGUCCUUCCACUACGAGAUCCUGCGCACGCUGUCCCUCUCCGUCGCCGAGGGCGCCGACCUCGGCGAAGUGCUCGUCGCCGCGGCGCAGGUCCGCCCCUCCGACUUUGAGAGCUACUACGCCGCCUUUGCCGACCUCGCCGAGCGCGUCGACGCCCAGGGCAAGGCCAUCGACGCCGCCAAAUACCCGGUGUCGGCCCGAGCGGCGCGCCUCAAGGCCGCGAGCUACUUCCGCGCCGCCGACUUUUUCCUGCACGGCGACUGGGCCGAUCCGCGCAUCGACAGCCUGUGGGCGAAGCAGACGGCCGCGUUCGACGACGCCCUGCCGCUGAUGGACCGUCCGGGGCGCCGCACGACGCUGGACUCCGCGGACGGCUCCUUCAAGAUCCCGGCCAUCUUCUACGCGGCUGCCGGGUCCGGCCGCCGCCCGACGAUCCUCAUGUGCAACGGCUUCGACGGCGCGCAGGAGGAGAUGUUCCACGUGCUCGGAAAGGCGGCGCUGGACCGCGGCUACAACGUCAUCACCUUCGAGGGGCCGGGCCAGCCGACGGUGCGCCGCGAGCAGGGCGUCGGCUUCAUCCCGGACUGGGAGCGCGCCACCUCGCCCGUCGUCGACCACGCGCUGACCCUCGAGGAAGUCGACCCCGAGGCCAUCGGGCUCGUCGGCUACUCGCUCGGCGGGUACCUGGCUUCGCGCGCCGCCGCCUUUGAGCCGCGCAUCGCCGCCGUCGGCGCCAUCGACGGCAUCUUCGACUUUGGCGCCACCUUCACGGACCAGCUGCCGCCCAUCGCCAAGCAGUGGCUGAAGGCUGGGAAGCGGCAAGAGUUCAACGACCUGUUCGCGCAGGCGAUGGGCGACCCGAGCACGCCGACGGGCAUCCGGUGGGCGGUGCAGCAGGGACGGUGGUCGUUCAAGGCGGCCGACUUCUUCGACUUUGCGACCGAGGUGCAAAGGUACACGCUGGAGGGCGUGGCGGACAAGAUCAAGCAGCCGCUUUUCAUCGGCGACGCGGAGUUGGAUAUGUUCUUCCCGGGACAGCCGAAGCAGCUGGCGGAGGCGGCGACGGGGAGCUCGAACAAGGUGGUUCACCACUUCAAGGCCGCCGAGGGCUCGGGGGAGCACUGCUCGGUCGGCGCGGCGGUCUACCAGAACCAGCUCCUCUUUGACUGGUUUGAGGAUGUUUUCCAGGGCCGGAAGCAAUAA